AUGGACAUCACGCCGUACGAAACCACACGGUCUCGUUCUCGAUCUCGAUCCAGAACUAGAAACUCGACCGCCAAUUCUCGCUCAACCUCUGCCACAAGAAGACCCAGUUUGGGGUCACGGAAAUCGAUUUCAUCCUCCUCCUUGAACAGCCUUACCUUAACUCAACAGCAUUUCGACAAUGGCGGGGAAAUGACCAUUCCCUCGGUGCUGGUCACACUAGAUAACACGUUGCCUUACGAUUUCUUCAAGCAGGAGCUCAUUGCGCUCAUUAGAGCCCUUAGAAUCAGCAAAUGGCAUAAGAAGUGGUUGACGGUGAACAAUGUCGUGGUGACUCGUAUCUCCGGUGCAUUAACAAACAGCAUUUACAAAGUGGAGCUCAAGGACCCGGCCUUCACCGCUCCUUCUUUGUUGUUACGUGUCUAUGGUAAGAACGUGGACUCCAUUAUCGACAGAGACUACGAGCUCAGCAUUUUGGUCAAGCUCUCCCCUAAAAAGAUUGGCCCCAAGCUCUUGGGUAUCUUCACUAAUGGCCGUUUCGAGCAGUUUUUGGAGGGCUUUGUCACCAUGACCAAGGAGGACGUUAGAAGCCCCGUGAUAUCCCUGAUGAUCGGGCGUAGAAUGAAAGAUUUGCAUUACAAGAUCGAUUUGGACGAUAGAGACAAGGCGUUGAACGAGAUCAACGAUAUCGUGCUUUUGCCAUGGCCCAAGUUCAAGGAGUUGGUGUUCAAGUACAGAGACUGGCUCUUUGCCAAGUAUGACUCGGAGAAAUUUUCUGAGAACUACAAGUUCUGUCACAAUGACACUCAGUACGGUAACUUGCUUUUGAGAAACACCUUUGACCCCGAGCAGGUGAUCCAACAGCCUUCUGACGGAGCCAUUAUGAACACCAAUACCAAGAGAGACAACGAUUUGGCCGUCAUUGAUUUCGAGUAUUCGGGCGCCAAUUUCCCCGCCUACGACAUUGCUGACCACUUUGCCGAAUGGAUGUCUGAUUACACUGACGCCAAGCAGCCACACUUUAUUCAUGAGGAGGCGUAUCCUAAACAGGCUGAGCAGCUCAACUUGCUCAAGUCGUACACCGAGUAUGAUUUCCGCAUCCCCACCUCCAAUUUGAAGACCAAAACGAAGCCAUCAGUCAACGAGAGCGACGUGACGUUGAUGCAAGAGUACGAAGUCAAGAAACUCUACAACGAGGUUGUGUUCUGGCGUGCCACCGUUCAAUUUUUCUGGUCCAUUUGGGGCCUUCUCCAGAACGGGCCGCCAAAGAAGUCGGAUGUCGGCUUGUUGGGCUUCAACUCCGAGGAGAAGGGUGUCAACUCUACUUUCAAGAUCACCACCGGAAUGGACGCCUUGUCUGUUGACGACUCGGCGAUUGUCGAGGACGAUGGCGUCAUCGCCUCCAAUGACGACGACUUUGACUACCUCAAGUACUCACAACAGAAAGCUGCGUUGAUUGUGGGAGACAUGAUCUCGUUUGGACUCUUGAGCAUCAACGACAUUCGCCCUGAGCACCACAACCUCAUCAAGUUCCUUGAUACCCGUACCUUUGAUAUUUAG